ACCUGAGCGGAGCGGAAGUUCAGAAGGCCGCGGUGAGGGUGGCCGUGAUCAGGGAGGACGGCUGAGUCGCGGGCGGGGGAGAAGGGACCAUGGUCCUCAAGGCCUCCUCCUGUUUCCACGCCGUCUGCGGGAGGGGAGCUAGAGAGCGGCGGCGGCCUGCGCAGCGGGCCCGGGCUCCCCGUCCCUUUGCCGUCCUCCGCAGAGCGGGGCUCGGGGAUCCGAGAGGCUGUCGCUGGGCCCUACGCUUUCCCCACGGCCGUCCGGUGGAGAGGGGGCGGCCUGGUGGCUGGGCAGAAAGGGCAUUCGUAGGCCGUCUCUGGGGGUGCGGCGCGCCCCUCCGUGCCCUGUUGGACAAUUAGUUCUUGUGGUGUGAAUGUGCCAAAGAGGCACUGGGGUCGCCAUCGUCUUCCUCCCGAGGUCUGGGCGCCUCUCGAAGAUGAGUAGGAAGAGACAAGGAGAAGCAGGAGGGAGAACCUAGGAGGUGCGCUGUGUGUGGUUGGGAGAGGACAUGGAGCCUCACAGGAUACGUAAGAGGUGACUAGAGCCUGCCAUCACAGUGGUGGCAUUGAGACUGGGCUUCUACCUAUCCCACUUAGAUGCUGCAGUGGAAAAGACAAUUUUCUGGUAACCAAAUUCAAUUACCAUGGGGAAUGUUUUUGAAAAACUGUUUAAAAGUCUGUUUGGGAGAAAGGAGGUGCGGAUUCUUAUGUUGGGUUUGGAUGGAGUAGGAAAAACCACCAUGUUGUAUAAAUUGAAGCUGGGAAGGACUGUGGCUACCAUCUCUACCAUAGGUUUCAAUGUGGAGACGGUGGAAUAUAACAAUAUCAGCCUCACCAUCUGGGAUGUCAAUAGCCAUUGUAAACACAGACCUAUGUGGAGACAUUAUUUCAAGGACACCAAUGGUCUGAUUUUUGUGGUCGAUAGUAACGACAGAGAACGGAUCAGUGAGGCCCAAGAAGAACUAACCAGGUUGUUAAUGGAUUAUGAGCUCAUAGAUGCAGUAUUGUUGGUGUUUGCAAAUAAACAGGAUGUUCCCAAUGCUAUGAGCACAGCAGAAAUAACAGACAAGCUUGGCUUACAGUCCCUCUGCCAGAGAAACUGGCACAUUCAGGCUACUUGUGCCACCAGUGGAGACGGGCUUUACGAAGGCCUGGACUGGCUCUCUGACCAGCUUAAGAACCAGAAGUGACUGGAAGCAAUUCACUCCUGUGCAUCAUGGCGAAAUCAGCUGCUUGUGUGUGUGCCAGGAGCAAGUGUGGAUGUGUGGCUGGGAGUGGGGCAGCGUCCUCACACUGUGCCUUAUAUCUGCUAUAAGAAAAACCAGCGUUACAUUUUGUACACUACCUCCGAUUGCAGUAGCUUUGAUGAUCAUUUCUACAGUUGCUGGAGGAUUCCUGAGGGCUGUCGGGUGCACAGGAGCCAGAGUGAUCUUCAUGGUGGAAAGGAGGAGGGCUGCUGGCAUGAGGACCAAGUUCAGUUGUGAAGCCCUGGGUCUGGCGUCUCUGCAUACCUGGGGUCCUUUUAGACUUUAGAGUCUACGAAAAGGAAGGAACUGUCAUUCUUUCCCGUCACUGCCACAGCUAGAUGCUCACUAUUCAGUGCUUUCGAGCAAAAGGCACUUGCUGACCACAGGUUUGAAGUUCAGAUUUGAACUUUUCCCUUCAGCUGCAUCCUAGCCCUGACUUCCUGGUAUAACAUACUUUAUUUCAAGGAAUCAGUGAUCUUUUUCACUAGAGUAUCCAGACUACAUGAACAGUAUAAAAUUAUCCAGUCCUCCCCUUGUGCUAGUACCUUCCCUCGUUUGCCUUUUUUUUUUUUUUUUGCCAAAAUGGACACCAUUUUGGGUAGUAACCCAGCAUGAGGCUACAGCUCUUUGCUGGGGCCACAGUCGAGCGCAGGGUCUGGAAAAGAAAGCAAGGUGACAGGCAUGUUUGUGUCCUUGCAUCACCCUCUCAGGUUUCAGGCUCCUGAGACUGCUGCUCUCUCUCCUCUGCUCUGUGCUGAAUGUUCCACGCUCUCAAAGCAGGAGGUUUGCUCCCGGGAAUGAAUCAUCACCCUGUACAGUAUCUCAAUCCAACUUCUGGUUUGGGCUAACUUCUGUUCCCAGAACUACACACCUGUGAGUUAUGAGAGUUUGUGAGAGGAUCAAGAGGUUAAUUUGGGG